GUGUGUGAUUUUCAGGUCUGCUGAGCCAGAGGGAAUGGGGAGUGACUUACACCCCUGAGAGAAUCUGUGCCUUAAAGGGGUCUUCAGUAGACAUGAGCUGCACUUACUCAUAUCCCACAUCUCACACAGUGCAGAAAACUUUCUGGUUUAUUCACUGGAACAAGCCACAGGAGCCUGAGGACCUGUCCCAGGACCCAGAGUACUCUCACCGUGUGGAGUACCUGGGGAAUAAGAACAGUGAUUGCACUUUUAGAAUAAACCAGCUGAGAAAAAUUGAUUCAAAAACAUACCGAUUCAGGUUCCUGACUGACUGUGAUGGUGGAAAAUAUACUGGAAAACCUGGUGUCACAUUGGCAGUUACAGGUCUACAGGUGAUGGUGAAUCCUGACACAGUGAAAGAGGGACAGAGUGUGAUACUGACCUGUAGCACCACCUGCACUCUGACUGGCAGCCCAGCCUUCAUCUGGUACAGGGACGGAUCUCCCCUGUCCUUCACUGGUCAGAGACACCAGUUCACAGCCAGCAGUGAAGAUGCAGGCAGAUACUCCUGUGCUGUGAAAGGCUAUGAGCUUCAGUCCCCUGCAGUGGCUCUUAAUGUGAGAUGUUUGAAGGUGGAUAUAAAUUCUGACACAGUGUCAGGGGGAGAGACAGUGGAACUGACCUGUAGAGCAACCUGCACUCGGCUGGGCAACAGCUUCAUUUGGUACAAGAAUGAGCAGCGUCUGCCUGACUACUACAGGUUCUACCAGUCCUAUAGAAUACUUACAUUCACAGCCAGAAGUGGAGAUACGGGCAGAUACUCCUGUGCUGUAAGCGGCAAUCAGCAUCUUGUUUCCCCUGCCGUGACUCUCAGUGUGAGAUGUGUAAAGUUUGAAAUGAAAUCUGACACAGUGAGUGAGGGAGUGAGGGUGACACUAACCUGUAAAAUCACCUGCACUGACCUGACUGGCAGCCAAACAUUCAUCUGGUACAAGAAUGGACAAUAUCUGUCUCACACCACCCAGAAAUAUCAAAAUCAUGACCUUCAGUUCACAGCCAGCAGUGGAGAUGCAGGCAGCUACUCCUGUGCAGUAAGAGGCCAUGAGAAUCUCUCGUCCCCAGCAGUGACUCUUUAUCAUCCUAAGAGCAUCUUACUAUCAGUGCGCCCCUCUGGUGAAAUAGCGGAGGGCAGUUCAGUGACUCUGACCUGCAGCAGUGAUGCCAACCCACCAGUGCAGAGAUACACCUGGUAUAAGAAUAAUAGAGCUGAACUCUCAUGGAUAGGAUCCAGUUACACCAUUAAAAACAUCACACUGCAGGAUGCAGGAGAAUAUACCUGUCAGGCAGGGAAUGGGAUUGGGACAAACAUCUCUCCUCCUAAACAUCUUGAUGUGCAGUAUCCUCCUAAGAGCAUCUCAGUAUCAGUGAGCCCCUCUGCGGAAAUAGUGGAGGGCAGUUCAGUGACUCUGACCUGCAGCAGUGAUGGUAACCCACCAGUGCAGAACUACACCUGGUAUAAGAGUAAUAGAGCUGUAUCCCCAUGGAGAGGAUCAGACCGGAGUUAUACCAUUUAUACCAUCAGACUGCAGGAUGCAGGAGAAUACUACUGUCAGGCACAUAACAAGAUUGGGACAAAAACAUCUCCUCCUAUAAGUCUUGAUGUGAAGUAUCCUCCGAAGAGCGUCUCAGUAUCAGUGAGCCCCUCUGGUGAAAUAGUGGAGGGCCAUUCAGUGACUCUGACCUGCAGCAGUGAUGCCAACCCACCAGUGCACAGAUAUGCCUGGUAUAAGAAGAUUGGAGCUGAAUUCUCAUGGAGAGCAUCAGAACGGAGUUACACCAUUAAUGAAACCAAAUCUGGGGAUGCUGGAGAAUACUACUGUGAGGCAGAGAAUGCGAUUGGGAAAAACAGAUCUCCUUCUGAACGUCUUGAUGUGCAGUAUCCUCCUAAGAGCACCUCAGUAUCAGUGAGCCCCUCUGGUGAAAUAGUGGAGGGCACUUCAGUGACUCUGACCUGCAUGAAUAAUGCCAACCCACCAGUGCAAAACUACACCUGGUAUAAGAAUAAUAGAGCUGCCUCCUCAGACACAGGAGGACCAGAGGACAGUUACACCAUUAAAAGCGUCACACUGCAGGAUGCAGGAGAAUACUACUGUGCGGCAGGGAAUGGGAUUUGGACAAAAACAUCUCCUCCUAAGCGUCUUGAUGUGCAAUAUGCUCCCAAGAACACCUCAGUAUCAGUGAGUCCCUCUGGUGAAAUCGAGGAGGGCAGUUCAGUGACUCUGACCUGCAGCAGUGAUGCCAACCCACCUGCGCAGAACUACACCUGGGUUAAGAAGAAUGACACUGGAGUCUGGCAGGCAGGAUCAGGACAGAGUUUGAACUUUUCUAACUUUAGAUAUUGGAACAGAGGACAGUACUGCUGUGAGGCACAGAACAGACUUGGAGCUCAGAAUGCUUCUGCUCUACUGGUCACAGUGCAAG